UUUAUUGAUUAUAAUAUAUUUAAUUGAAAAAAGAUACAACCAACAAAAAUAAAAAAAAGGUAUUAAGAAAAACAUAGAAUGUUCUAAAUACAAUAAAAUUUAUGUUUUCAAAUAAAUGUAUCAAAUUUCAUUGCAAUGAACUCAUUUUAGUACCAUUGCAUAAUGAUUACAAAAGAUGUUGUUCCUUUUUUUUGGUGUUUUUUGUGAAAAGAUCUUUUUUGUAUGUGUUACAUUUUCAAUUUUACAUUGAACACUUUAAUCAAAAUUGAACAAUAGAAUAAUUGAUCAUUUAAUUUCAUACUUUACAUUGAAAUAUAUAUGCACAAUUGAAAUGUAUCGAACAGAAUAAGAACCCAAUCAGAUUAGAUUUAAGAAAACUAAUUUGUUGGACAUUAUAUUACAAUUGUAUUGUCCCAUUAUUAAAAUCAUAUGAAUAUACAAAUGAACACUAAACACAUAUACCAACGUAUAUAAUUUCAAUUCAUUAUGUAAUUUUAAUUAUAUAUAUAGAUAGAUAGGAUCAAACCAAAUUUUGAAUUGUUCAAAUUGUACAUUUAAAAACAACAAUAACAAUUCUAUAUUCAUUGGAUAUUAUAUCAUCAUUAGACUAUUCAAUAAUAAUAUGUCAGAUAAUCGUAGUAAAAGUCUUAGUUUACCACAUAUUUGUAACUAUGAUGGAUUAAGUACCUAUUCAUUAAAUCAAUUAAAAUUGGAUAAAAAAACAAAACAAUCGGUUUAUUAUAUUUGUCAUAUAUGUAUAUUAAAAAGUAAACAAAUGAAUAUAAAUGAUGAAUUGACUAAAGAUAAAGCAGAAUAUUUAAUUGAAAAUAAUUUAAAUAAACGUUUAGCUCAUUGUAAUUUAUAUUGUUUACAAGAUCAAAUACGUUUUGAAAAAUCAAAACAAUGCAGUUCAAAUCCACCAAGAAAAUUUAUAUUAUAUAAACAUAUUAAAUGUAUAUAUAUCUCUGAAAGUAAACCAUAUACAUUUAUAUUAUGUAUAGAAUAUGAUAAAGCUAAAUGUAAAAUUUAUGAAGUCUAUAAAUGUAAAUUAUCACAAGAUGUUAAAAUGCUUUAUAUCUUAUUACAGAAAGCAUUAAAUGAUAAAGAAUUUUUAUUAAGAGAUGAAUUAAAAUGUCCAAAAGUAUCUAUUGGAUUACAAUGUUGUUUAAAUUACGAUAGAACUAUGAAUACUACUAGUAAUAUCAAUCCUUCUACAUAUGAAAGUAAUAUUCAUUAUAAUAAUGAAAAAUAUAUGAGUAAUAUUAAAAGGCAAUCAUUAUUACCAAUGAAUAGAUCAUUAUCUAGAACUAAAUUUACUGGUGUCACUACAAAUAUUUAUGAAGAACAUUCUAAUGAAUUGAUUCAAAAACAAGCUAUCACUUCAAAUUCACCAUCUAGAUAUUCUGAUAUUUCAAUGGAAUUAUUACAAAAGUUGAAUAGUGCCUAUAAUCCAGAUGGUGAAUAUAGUACUAAUAAUAGUAAUAAAACCUGGCAUAAAUCGUUGAUAUUAUUACAGACGGAUUAUAUAAGAGGUCCUCGAAUCAAUGACAUUGGUCCUAUUUAUAUGUUUGUAGCAAGACAACUGAAAUAA